AUGUCAUUUACAGGUAGAAGAUUCAGAUCAAGAAGGGAGCAGAUAGCAUAUGAAGCUUCUCUCGCAGGAAGGUAUCAAGCUAGGCUGCGAAAAAAUCCCUUCCUGUACUUUGGCUUGCCGUUUUGCUCUGUCAUCGUCCUUGGCUCAUACUGGCUUUCUGGUUUCACCGCAAUACGAUAUGAGCAAAAAGAUCGCAAGAUUCAAGAGGUAAGCGAGGACGAUUUAGUCAAGAUGAAAGCCAAUAAACGGCAAUUCGAUCUAAAGGAAGAAUAUUACAGACUACAGGGACUUGGAGAAAAGGAUUGGGAGCCUGUGAGAGUACCAAGAAUGAAAGGCGAGUCUGAAAACGUAUGGUAA